AUGCAUGCGUUGCGUAUGUUUCACGCCGCGGGAAUCUCUCUUCAGAACCUUUCUUCCACGGGUGCUCGACCAGCCGGAGCAGCGUCUCAGAUGUAUUCGAGCCUGUUUUGGCUGUGCUAUAAAUCCGAGAGAGAGAUCCUAGCCGAGAUACCGAUCAACGCGCCCGCCCUGCGAGAACCUGGAAUGCCAAAUGUAUACCCUCAGCCCCCACAAGCCGCCAGCAUUGCUUCAAACGAAUGGGCUGCCGACGAGGAAGACAGCUGGUACUUUCUGCUCUCUGAAAUUGCCCUUCGCCGUAUCACAGACCAAGUCACCGAGAUUGUCUCCAAGUACAUUCAUGCCGAGAUCAUCUUGCCAGGAUCGCAAAGGAUCCAACAGCUCAUUCCCAUCGUAGCCGAGUUUGAGCAACAAGCCGAAACUUUCCGAGAGAAUCUCCCAUCAGCUGUCAAGUUUCCCGACGUCCCUGAAGCGGCCAGCACUGAAUGGCAACAGUACAGCCGCGGUCGCUAUUACCGUCUACUUGAACUCAUGCACCGACCAUUCCUCUUCAGCGCCCUCCACGAUCCUGGAUGCAGCCCCGUCGUUCGGUCACUAGCGGAGAUAGGACUUCAGAAUGCACUGCGAAGCUAG